CAAUGGCAAGUUUAGUUUAGUGUCACGUGAGCCAAAUUGGUUAUUGUGAUUGGUAGCACAAAUGCGACUUCAAAACGAGUCCCUUGUACUAUUAAUCAGCUGUCAACUUCACGUGUAUAAUGUUAUCAUUAUCAAAGUUAAACAAAAUUUUAUGAUAGGGGUAGAACGUGUUGCCAGUACGAUUCAUUGUUUUGUAUUUACGCGAUUUAUCCUUUUACGAGCUCAUACCCAAUUUCGAAAACACGGUUUGUGAUAUAAUUUUAUAUUUAUCAACAUUGGAUACCCACCCAAAACAAACAAGAAAUGACUAAUACUCAGGAUACUGACAUAAACUCGGAAGAAGAUUUAUAUUAUUUUGAAACAGAUCACUUGGCUUUAAGAGGAAACAAAGAUUACAGUGAAGUACUGAAAAAUUUACUUAUUUUAUGUGCUCAGAGGAAACAAGCCAUUAAAGAUUACAAUAAGGCUGUCGAAUUGAAAAAAGAAGCUCUUGCAGACCCUUCGAAAGUACUCGAAAAAAUUGUUAAAGGAGAAUCACUAGGAAUGCCAGAUAUACAUCAUAUACCAGAAUUACCAGUGAUUGACUGGUCAAAAUAUGAUGUUAAAAUACCAGAAGAUAGUUUAAAACUUAUAUAUUCAGAUGUAAAUGAGUCUGUGAAGAAAAAAAAUGAAAGCCCUAAAAAAGACACUAAAAUUUCAAAUAAGAGGUGGACAACUGAAGAACAGAAACGUUUAGAAGAACUUUUACAAAUAUAUCCUCCAGAACCUGUAGAAAUGAGGAGGUUCAAAAAAAUUGCAGAUGCCUUAGGUAAUAGAACGCUUCAGCAGGUGUCAAGUAGAGUACAAAAAUAUUUUUUGAAAUUGUACAAAGCUGGUUUACCCAUUCCUGGUAGAAUACCAAAAUCUGCAGAAAAAUAUAAGAGAACAUUACUGCACAAACACCAGCGACACAACCAUUAUCUCUGGAAACCGACCACUUUUUUUCCUGAUUUAUGUGUUCCCGUUGUUAUGAAUGACUUAGAAAGUGUUCCUGGACCUAGCUCAAAAGUUCCUGAGGAAACUCCCCAACAGUCUUCUAGUUCUAAUUAUUUAAUUCCUACUGGAUAUCACGAAGAAGGUGACUUCCAUCCACAGAAAAGUGAAACUGAAUUACAACUAGAACUAUUAAAAAGAGUUAAAAAAGUUAAAAUAAAAGAUGAAGAAAAUGCCUCAAAUUUACAUAAUCACGUUGGUUUUAAGUGUGAUUUAUGCGGGGAAGAACCAAUUGUUGGUACUAGAUGGCAUUGUAACACAUGUACAAAAGACUCGAUUGAUUUUUGUACAGAUUGUGUUUUGACUCAGAUGUAUUCCGAGAACUGUCAUCCUUUAAAGCACAACUUAGUUUCAUACAGCGAUAAAGAAAGCAAUCAUUAUUUCAGUGAUUCCGAAUCGAAUGCUGGCAGCGGUGUGGCCAGUGUGAACAAAAACAACGAAAGUAGUGACAGUAGUGACAGUGAAUUUAACAUGGAAGAUGUGAAUGAUGAGCAAAUGAGCGAAGACGACACUGAAAAGAUUAAAGAUCAUGUUAUCUCCAACGGCGUGGAAGAAGACGCCGGGAGUAGUGAUAAAAUUUGUGAUGAUAAUUUCAGUGAUUUUCCAAAGCUAGACUUUGGAAACUUUAACAACGCCGAAGAGUUGUAUGAAUCUGGUUUAGGGUCGGAUCUGUUUAGCGAAAUUGAGAAUAUUUCGUACGACUAUCUACACUCAAAUCUACUUCUUGACAAAGAGUAACUUAGUGCGUAAUUUGGUCAGAGUUUCAGAAGCGUGUUUUGUAUUCGUGUUCGAAUUAGAAUAAACUUUGAUUUUCA